CCCUCACUUCGUUGGUGGUAUGCUUAAGGAGCCGCAUUUCUAUUGACCUUCGCAGAUAGACGGCACGUUGUUGAAGGUGAUUCGCUGGUGCUUGCGGUUCAGUGAUGUGCGUGUGUGACGGCAUGAAUGGGACGCGCCCAGGAGCCCAGGAACCCAAGAGCCAAGUCGUGGCAACGAUCGAAAAAGCUACCAUCUACCGUGGUGUAGUCGAAAGACGCGUCAUAACGGCUGGACAAGAACACACGAGAGGUCACCGAGGCCAUCACGGCGAAGUUCUCAGUGCUGUUCGCUCCCUGGCUCGCUGUUUGCAUUCAGAUCGCGCGUGUGGCCAAGGGCUUGGACACGCGACCAUGAAGUCUGCCAAUCCCUCGCCGAGCAACGUCCCAUCCCAUCUCAAGCAAACUCAAAGUCUUGUAUAGUACCCUCUAUCGCACACGUGGGCCAGCCUCGAAGUGUGAGCGGACGACCUGGAUAUGGGACGAUGAAGCCGCAGCUCAUCAACAGAUGCUUUUGCUUCUGCCAACGACCGCUUUAGCGAUGCUGCGGUGCUUCUAGCAU